AGGUUAUGUUAUUUUUAUAUUUCAUUAUGUGAUUUUUGAAGCUACUUAAGAUAAACUUGUGUUAUCAACACCUUAUUUACCAUAUAAUUCUGUUAAAUCUACAAGAUUCAAAAGGAACCCUAUUAGUUUUUCGGUUUUUAUGGGAAAUGUUGGCGAAAACUGGUCUCCUUGUUCUAUCCAAUCCGAAAUGCAUCAGCAAACUCUUAAUAGAAGUGCAAAAAAACGUGAAAAACACUUUGUAUAUCCACCUAUUGCCUGGCCUAAAUGAUGCAGCUAAGAAUUUUCAUCCUUUGGUAUUAAAUUCAGCACCUAAGCUUAGCAGCACAAUUUUUUCAAUUUAUUCUCAGGUUACAAAGCUUUGCAACCACCUGGACGUUCGAGUGUUACUUACAGGCCUAAAAUCUGAUUCUCUUGAAGUAAAAACCCAAAAUCCAAUUGAUGUAUUUAUAUUUGACAAAAAAUACAUGAAAACUGAUAUAGAAGCAUUUAUAGGGAGCAGGAUAUUAAACCCUGCAACCAAAUAUGAUGUGAUAACUUUUGAUUAUGCUGGUGAAGAUGAAGAUGUAAACUUUGUGAACAAAGGAGAUCAUAAACUGUUUAAACAUACUUGUUUAGGAGGGACUUUUGAUCGUUUACAUACUGCUCAUAAAUUACUACUAACAGAUGCUAUUAUAAGAACAACUGAUAAGUUAACAGUGGGGAUUACUGAAGAAAAUAUGAUUCAAGGGAAACUAUUGUGGGAACUUAUCCAAGAUGUAGAGGUGAGAGUUAAUAAUGUCAGAAGUUUUGUCACCGACAUCUAUCCAGAUUUGGAAUAUAACAUUUGCAGCCUGUAUGAUCCUUUUGGACCAGCCAUAGUGGAUCCAUCAAUAGAAAUGAUUGUUGUUAGUGAAGAAACUGUUCGCGGGGGCGAAAAAAUUAAUGAGAUUAGAACAAAGAAAAAUUUAAGCCCUUUAGAAAUUGUCCCUAUACCAUUUAUUGAUGAACCAAACCCGCAACCUAAAGAGGAAUUAAAAGUCAGUUCAAGCAACUACAGAUUGAGAUUAUUGGGGGAACUUGUGAAACCAGUUGAAAAGAAAUGUAUUCCUAAUAAGCCAUAUAUAAUAGGCCUUACAGGUGGUAUAGCAAGUGGUAAGUCUGGCAUAGUGUCCCACUUAAAAAACCUGAAUGUUGAAGUAAUAGAUUGUGAUAAAUUGGGCCAUAAAAUGUAUACAAUUGAAGGACCGUGUUACAAAAAGGUUGUUGAGCAUUUUGGCUCUGAAAUUGUCUCUUCUGAUGGACAAAUUGAUAGGAAAGUGUUGGGCGGAAUGGUGUUUAAUAACCCGAUAGAAAUGAAGAAUUUAACGGAUAUUUUAUGGCCGGCAAUAGCAGAUGAAAUUCACCAAAUAAUUGGGAAUACUUCGGCAGAUGUAAUUUGUGUAGAAGCUGCUAUUUUGUGUCAAGCAGGAUGGGACAAACUUUGCCAUGAGGUUUGGGUGACAUUUAUACCACCCCUGGAAGCAAUCAACAGACUAAAAACCAGAAACAAUUUAACAGAAGAGCAAGCAAAAAGCAGACUUUCUUCCCAGAUAACCAACAAGGAAUACAUUAAAUCUGCCAAUGUAGUUUUUUGCACCCUCUGGGAAGUAGAAUAUACAAAAAUUCAGGUCCUUAAGGCUUGGAAGUUAUUACAACAGCGGCUGCCUUCAUAACACACAUUUUUUUAAUGAAAAAUGCUAUUUUUAUUAUUAUAGUGGGGAAUAUUGUGAAUGAUUGUGAUAGUUGUAGGUUUAUGAAAUAUAAUGGUAUUGUUUAUUAUGUUUUAA